CCGUGGCGGACGGCAGACAGCAUCAGGCUGCUUUACUAACACCUGUUUGUCAGGUUUGCUGUCAGGUGGAGUCCACUCUCACUCCGCGGCUGCAAAAUGCUGACUGACGUGAUUUUAGAGGAAGAGUUUGAGAAGAAUGGGGAUCCUUGGUACAACCCGCAGGACCUUGAACACGACCUCCAUUUGGCAGCGGAGCUUGGGAAAACACUCCUGGACAGGAAUCAUGAGCUGGAGCAGGCGCUACAGCAGAUGUACUCCACCAACCAGGAUCAGCUGCAGGAGAUAGAGUACCUGACCAAGCAGGUAGACCUGCUACGUCAGAUGAACGACCAGCAUGCCAAGGUGUAUGAGCAGCUAGACACGGUCACCAGGGAUCUGGAGCAAGGCAACCUGAGACUGGUGCAGGACAACCGCCUGGCACAGCAGAAGAUCCACAGUCUAACAGAGACUAUCGAAGGACUUCAAACCUACAUGGAGGACCUACAGACUCAGGUGGAUGAGCUCAGGACUGCGCAACUGGAGCGAAGUAAAAAAGAGCAGGCAGAGCAGCGACGCAGCCUCGGAGCACAGAGCAUGUCCUGCCUCAAAGAGCUGUAUGACUUACAACAUGACAGCAGUCGGCAAGUGGAUGGACUCUGGUCACCUCAGGGCUCUUUCUAUGACCAAGACAGAUGCCAAGACCUGGAGGACGAGCGUGAGGCUCUUCAGCGCUCCAUCCAGACUCUUCAGAAUCAGAUAGCUACGGAGCGCAGCCGCAGGGAGGCUACAGAGCGGGAGUUUGAGUUGUCAGUCAAGGAGAACCAAGGCCUUGAGCAGCAGCUGGACCUGCUGGCAGGCUGCCGGGACAGGCAGAAAGAGCUGGAGGCUGAAGUGGAGCAGCUGCGUAUUCUGUGGCGCGCAGAGUGUGCCAACAGUGCCAGAAGACCAUACCAGCUGCUGUUGCCUGAAACUGUUUUCUUUGCAUCAGAAGAAAAACCCAGUCAGGAGCAGGGUGAGAUGGAAGAGAAGAUAGAGAUGCAGGAGGAGCAGAGAAAGCACAUCCGGCAGAGAUGUAACAGUGACAGCUUUUUGAGGGCAAUGAACACAGACGAGAUUCGCCGUGGUCACGAGCAGAUGUGCAUAAGACGAACAGAGGCAGUGAAACAGAGGGGCAUCUCCCUGCUCAAUGAGGUGGAUGCACAGUACAGCGCACUGCAGGUGAAAUAUGAUGAGCUUCUGCGGCGGUGCCAGCAAACAGACGGGCUCAGCCAUAAAGGCGUCCAGACUUCAAGCACUCCCGUUGCAAACAGCCGGACGCGCCGCCGCCUGUCCAGCUCAGCCACUUUGUCUGAUCUGACAGUGGUUUCGGAAGAUGGUCAGCAGCAGCCAGAGUAUAAAGUUCUCUUCAAGGAGAUCUUCACCUGCAUCCAAAAGACCAAAGACGAUCUCAGUGACAACAGGCGUCCAGUCAGGGACAGUGAUCCUCAGGACUCUGCCCAAUGAUUGUAUUAU